AUGCGCGUGACGAAGAUACUGCACGCCAUGGAGCGCACGGAGGGGUUCGAGUGCGCGGCGGAGGUGCGCGCGAUGGUGGAAAUAUUCGCGCACGGCACGCUGCGCGAAUAUCGCGCGCGAGCGGCAAACGAAAAGUUGCCGACGCUGACGACGCGCGAGGAGGCGAAACUGAAGCGACUGUCGACGUGCGCGCUGUGCGCGGAGGGAGGGACGAUCGCGUACGUACGAUUGAUGCGAGAGCUGGAGUUCACGAGCGAACGCGCGAUGGAAAAGUUCAUCGUCGACGAGUGCCUGGGAGAAAUCGUGUGGGGAAGGCUCGAUCCGAAAAAUAAAGUUUUACGGGUUCGACGCGCGAAGGCGAGAGACGCGCGAGCGAGCGCGCUCGACGGCGUCAUCGCGGACGUCUCGCGGUGGCACGCGAUAACGGAAACGAUGUUGGCGAGUUUGAAUGAGCAAAUUGCGUACGUGUCGAGUGAAAAAGCGGAAUCACUGGCGCGCGAGGACGAGCUCAACGCCGCGAUAGAGGAGACGAAGAAACAACUCAAAGCCGCCGAGCCGGACGUCGCCGAGCGCGUCGACGAGGACGAGGACAUGGACGAGGACGGUCCGAGCACGGGCGUGAAACGAAGACGAUAG